UUUCGCUGCAUGCGCGGGCGGCGACGUUGAUGUACUUCGAGCUGGCGGACCAGCGUGGACCGCAGCGCGGCGGCGCCGGCGCCGGCGGGGGCUGGCCGGUGAAGGGCGGGCACGACGAGAGCGCGGCGGCGGGGAUGGCAAUGGCGGGCGCCGGCCCCGGGGAGGUCAUGUCCGAGUACCACCAGGCGCGGGAGCUGUCAACGAUGGUGUCGGCGCUGGCCCACGUCGUGGCGGGCGGCCCGUGGGCGCCGGAGCAGCAGGCAAUGCACGGCGGCUACGCACGCGAGGUGGGGAGCUACCACGGCGCGCCGUCGCCGGAGUUCGCAGGGUCGGAGCAGGGCUCGGACACCCAGAGCGCGGGCGCGGCGGCGGCGGCAAUGGAGGAGCACCACGCGGCGGCGCUGUCCGGCCAGGAGGGGCCCGAGACGCCGCGCCGACGGUACCGCGGGGUGCGCCAGCGGCCGUGGGGUAAGUGGGCCGCCGAGAUCCGGGACCCGCACAAGGCCGCGCGCGUGUGGCUCGGCACCUUCGAGACCGCCGAGGCCGCGGCGCGCGCCUACGACGAGGCCGCGCUCCGCUUCCGCGGCAGCCGCGCCAAGCUCAACUUCCCCGAGGACGCGCGCCUCCACCCGGCGUCCACGGCGGCCGGGGCCGCGCCGGCGCCGGCGUCGGCGCCUCUCGCCGGCUCGGCGGCCUCGACCUCUCCCGCCGGUGCCGCCCAGGGUGCCGACUACCUGAUGUACCAGAUGCUUCUGCAAGGGGCCACCGGCAACGAAGGCACGCUCCUCCCGUUCUACGCCGGAGGCGGCGGCGGCAUGAGCAAUCUCUACGGCGGCGGCGCUGGCGCUGGCGCCAUGAGCAAUCCAUACGGCGGCGGCGGCAACACGAGUGCGUUCUUAGGCUCCUACUCGUUCCCGCCCUCCUCUGUUUCUGUCGCCACCGUGCCGUCCUCUGCUUCCUCUGCUUCGGGUUCGGGAUACUACUACUCGUCACCGUACGACUCGCACCAGAGCGAGUCGUCCGCGGCGGCGUCGGACUGGAACUGGGAGACCUCGAUGCUCAACUGGUCCGACUCGGGCUACCCGCCGCCACCACAUAGUCAGUAGCCGCAGCUAGUAGAAGACGACCCUCUCUCUCUCUCUAGAAUAAUCAAGCGAGUACGGCUGGAUGGAGGCGGGUGUAAAAGCCAAAGAGCAAACCAAAUCAAAAAGAGGAAGAUGCUUUGCUUUCGUUUCUUUCAUGUAAGAUGUCGAGCCAAGGGAUCUUUGUUUCUUGACUGUUAGUUUUGAUCGACGAUGAGGUAAUCCUACUCACUAGAAAGGCACGCGCAGGGCCUGUAUCUCAUGUUGUAGUAUUGUAGUUGAUACUUGAUACAGACUUUAAUUCAUGUAUAUAGUAAUUAUUGUAUGUAAGUAAAUAUGUCUUUUUUUAAAUAAAAAAAGCAAUGUAGGUAAGAUAAAUCCGUCUUCGUUA